CUGGCUCUCUCCUCCUCAGUUGAAAGGGUAACCCCUUCGCUUAAACCCCGACCACACGCAGCCGCCGCCGGCGACCCUCCUCCCUCCUCCCAUGUUGUGCGCCGCUGUGGCAGCCCCCGGGAGGCACACGGAAGCUCAACGCGAGGAAAGCCCGAGCUCAACGCGCUCCACACAGUAGCCCGCAGCGCGCGGCCCCGCCAUGAGACCUUGCCCCUUCGGAUGCGCUUCCGACCGCCCAUUCCCCUCCGCCUCCUCCUGCCUCAACUCUGGCGCCGCCCUUCGCUUCCUCCCGCAUAUAUCCCUAGGACCAUAUCCUCAUAUCCCUCCGCGGCAGCCGUGGCGGCGGCAACGAAUUCCGAGGAGGAUGCCGUGGUUGCUAGGGAUCCACGGCUAGCGCCUCAUUUUGUGGGCGGGGCAGGAGGGUCGCCUAGGUUUGGGGAGAACAAGGCGGAGUUCGAGAGAAAGGCCUCGAUUGCCGCGCGGUUCAAGCUCUGCUAUGAACUGCUGCGGCAGAGGAGGCGGCGGGAGAUGCGGGGCGGCUUGGCGCAGGUGGUCAGCGAACAAGGAUCCGGGUCUGCAGCCAUUCUCUGUGAUAUCUUGUGGAGUGAGUUCAGAGAGUAUGAUUCCAGCGGUGUUGUAUGGGAUGCUCUAGCAAAUAGUUAUGCAAGAACUAAGAUGGUUCAUGAUGCUCUUUACGUUCUCAGUAAAAUGAACAGCCUGAAUAUGCAAAUAUCAGUUUCCACCUAUGAUAGUUUAUUGUAUGGUCUACGGAUGACAGACAUGGCAUUGGAGCUUUUUGAUGAAAUGGAGGCAUAUGGUAUCUCUCACAGCGAAUAUUCACAUAGCAUUCUCAUCGAUGGCCUCUGCAAGCAAAAUAAAGUUGGAGAGGCUUUAUCUUUCCUUCAAGAGGCAAGGGAAGGGGGGAUGUUUAGACCAUUGGGAAUGUCCUUUAACACUCUGAUGUCUGCAUUGUGUAACUGGGGAUUUAUUCAGCCUGCAAAAUCGUUUUUAUGUCUGAUGCUGAAGUAUGGAUUAAACCCUGACAGGUAUACCUAUUCUACUCUUAUACAUGGUCUGUGUAAAGUAGGUUGCCUAGAUGAAGCAGUGGAUCUUCUUGAGAGAGUGACAAAAGAAGGAAUGAAACUCGAGACUGUCACCUACAACAGCCUUAUUAAUGGUUAUCGAUUGCUUGGUUUGACAAGAGAAAUUCCGAAAAUAAUUCAGUUUAUGAGAUACCAAGGGAUUGAACCUGAUCUUGUUACUUAUACCAUACUUAUUGCUGGUCAUUGUGAAGGUGGUGAUGUUGAAGAAGGGAUGAAGAUAAGAAAGGAUAUCCUAGACAAAGGGCUGCAGUUGAAUAUUGUCACAUACAGUGUCCUUCUCAAUGCUCUUUUCAAAAAGGGUUUGGUCUAUGAGGUUGAGAACUUACUUGGUGAGAUAUAUAGUAUUGGUCUAGAUAUGGAUGUCAUUGCAUAUUCCAUCCUCAUCCACGGGUACUGCAAGCUAGGGGAAAUUGAAAGGGCACUAGAAGUUUGUGAUGUCAUGUGCUGUUCUCAGAAGGUAGUGCCAACCUCACUGAACCAUUUAUCAAUUCUUCUUGGACUUUGCAAGAAAGGACUUCUAGUUGAAGCAAGAUGGUAUUUGGAAAAUGUAGCUAGCAGAUAUCAGCCAGGUGAUGUAAUACUUUAUAAUGUAGUUAUUGAUGGUUAUGCAAAGGUUGGUGAUAUUGGUAAUGCUGUCCGUCUGUAUGAUCAGAUUGUUGUGGCUGGUAUGAAUCCAACCAUUAUCACAUGUAAUUCUCUUCUGUAUGGCUACUGCAAAUUUGGGGAUUUACACGCUGCAGAGAGCUAUUUCAGGGCUAUUGAGAUAAGUAAUCUGCUGCCAACAGCAGUAACAUACACGACCUUUAUGGAUGCACUCUCUGAAGCUGGAAAGGUUAACACCAUGCUCAGUUUUUUUUAUGAAAUGGUGGAAAAAGGGAUCAAGCCAAAUGCUGUAACUUACAGUGUUGUUAUUAAAGGACUAUGUAAGCAGCUCAGAUUCCGUGAUGCUAUCCAUUUUCUGGACAAUAUGGAUGGAGCAGACCCAAUAACUUACAAUACGCUUAUACAAGGAUUUUGCGAAGCACAGGACAUCCAGAUGGCUUUCUGCAUGCAUGACCGUAUGUUAUGCUGUGGUCUAGUGCCCACACCUGUUACUUAUAACUUGCUUAUCAAUGUGCUGUGCUUGAAGGGGAAAGUUAUUCAAGCAGAAAUGCUAUUGGAAUCCCUCAGAGAAAAGGGCAUUGAAUUGAGAAAAUUUGCAUACACAACAAUAAUCAAAGCUCAGUGUGCAAAAGGAAUGCCUUACGAUGCCAUUUCAUUAGUUGGUAAGCUUAUUGAUGAUGGUUUUGAAGCUUCUAUUGAAGACUUCAGUGCUGCAAUCAAUCGACUUUGCAAAAGAAAAUUUCCUAAAGAAGCUGCCAUGUUCAUUCCGAUUAUGUUAUCUGUUGGUGUUUUCCCGGACACGCAAGUUUUUUUUGUGCUUGUUAGAGCUCUGCAAAAAAGUAACAUGCUUUGCCAUAUACCCAUAUUGCACGCACUUUCUGUCAAAACUGGUAUAUAAUACCCUGGUCAUGUAUUGAGAGUUAAAGACUUGGAGGUUCUGUGUCCUCAAAUGUUUGUAUAGAUGAGGAUUGAGGACAACAUGGGCUGCAUGUAACCACAGGACAGUGCAGUUACGCCAAGGCAUUUAUUUUGGGAAAACGCAAAGACUUUGCGUUUCUUUUCAUUGAUAAGGUGGGGGAAAAGUUACAUGCCUCCUAGGAGACGGUUUACAGAGAGCAUUGCAAAGGUUUUAAUGGACGUCCCAGGUGGCUGGGAGUACCAGCCGCAGGCCCGAGGCCCCAGCUCAAGCCCAGAGGGCGGCUUCCACUCUAAUUUUCUCUGUCAAGAGGGGGACAGAAGGUCGAUCUCCAUCGAAGACGCAUGCGCUGCGCUGCUGCCAGAUCAUCCAUCCUGUCAACAGUGCUAUGGUGGCGAGUCCCUUGCUGAGUGGUUUGGGGGGUCGUCUCCUUGGCAGCGAGCCACCAUUCGUUGAGGGAGUUGUCGCGGUCCAGUGGUCUGCAAGUCAUCCUUAGCCAGGAGAGUGCAUCGUGCCAAAUCUGCCUAGAGAAAGUGCAAGAGACAAGCAGGUGGUGCAUUGUCUCAGGAUCUUGGUCGCAAAGUAGGCAGCUAGGGUGGUGCUGUAGGCCGCGGCGUUGCAAUCUGUUGACAGUCCAGCACCUGUCCAUGUUGGCUAGCCAGUGAAAGAACUUCACUCUCGGCGGUGCCCAGUUCUUCCAAAUGAGCUUUUGAAGCGCUGUAGCUGGUGGAUCCCUCGAAAGUAGCAAGGUAGCAAGAACGAGCAGAGUAUGUGCCGCUGGCGCUCCACUUCCAGAUCAGCUAAUCCGGCUCGUCUGAGAGGGUGGUGUGCUUGAUGGCUCGCCAAAGCAGCAGGUACUGCCCAAUCUCGUGGACACCCAGGUUCCCGUGUAUGUCGCACGUCCAGACGUGUGCAUGGAGCCCGUCAGCGACCGAUUGAAGCUUUCGUCUUCACUUAGCGAUGCAGGCAUAUAGCUUUGGGGCGAUCUCGCUCACAGAUUUGCCCCUGAUCCAGCGAUCCUCCCAGAACAAGGCCGUUCGGCCAUUGCCAAUGAUCAUGCUGGUGGAGGCAAAGAACAAUGAGCGCUCCUCUGCCGAGAACUGCAGGUCAAAGGCCAGCCCAAGCUCGCCCAGUCUCCGUCCUGCUGAACCAUUGCCAUCUCAAUCGUAGCGCAAGCCCUGCUCUCUCAGUGUCCUGGACGCCAAGGCCACCGAGGGGUUUCGAAAAAAAAGGCCACCGAGGGAAAGUGGCCGGCAGACUCGUCUCCAAUUUACAUGGCAGCAGUUAUGCCAAGGCAUAAGGCAUAUUACAAGUGAAACUGUGAAUGUCCAUAAGUCAUAGUGAAAGUCGUGCAUUGGAGACUUUGAAAAGUGAAAUACGCCUCAUACCUCAACAGAGGGAGUAAUCAGUUUUGCUGUCUCAAGUCUCAACAAUUAAACAUAUGCAACGACCUUUCAUCAGGUAUGAUGUGCAAUCAUGAAGCCGAUUGUUCAGUACUCCAUCCAUUUAAAAAUAUAGGACCUUUGACCAUAAAUUUGUAAUACAGUAUUUUGUUAGUGGUUAUAAAAUCAUAAGUAUAAGAAAGACUUUUUGAACACAAAUCCAAUGGUGUCUAUUUUGUGUAUCGUAAGUCAUAUAUAAGUGGACUAACUGUCGGUGAAAGCAUGGCUUUAGAGGUUAGGUCAAGAUGUGUCUUUUGUUAUGAAAUAGCGGUAGUACAAUUCUGAUUGAGAUGUCAAAAACACUAAGUUGCUUAUCUCUUCUAUCUAAAAAACACAUAAAACACUCAUCUUAGUGUUUUUUAGACAGGAGAAUAAGGAGGUGAAUCAAUGGGGGAUUUCUAAAUGUCUGUUUGCAGAGAGGUGGGGGGAGGUUUGGAUUGUUUGGACAAGAAACAGGCAAUCUGUUCUUAUUCAAGUUUGUGGUUGUGUUGGCUUUAUACUGAAUUAGUAGUUUAGUUAUACUCCCUCUUAUAUUAUGGGACGGAGGGAGUACAUAAUAGUGUGUAUCUAUGUGUUUUCUGAUGUCUCUUGAUUUGAUUAGAUGUGUUUUCCUGCAUGUUCAGCUUUGCCAUUGGGAUGCAUAAUUCAACUGGAAACAUUUAUCUGGCAGCUCAUUUCAGAUGCAAUGAGAGACCAUCGAUGUUUAGUAGUAUACAACAGUUGAAAUACAUCUGGUUCUGCACUCAAGAUCGAACGGCAUUAAGGUGAGCCGUCCCCAUCGCCCAGCCCUACCUCGUCGCUGGCUGGAGUAACAAGAUAGGAAACAAACUGAGCGUGGAUCUGCCAGUUGCGCUGAGCAUCGGGAGCUCUGACCAGAGGUGGGGGGGAUAUGUACUUCCAAGGGCACACAAAGAUGCCACCGCACCAGUGGAACAUCAGCACUGUAACAACAAAUUUACUUUGCUAUUCAACGGUCACUGUGCGAGCAUCCUCACGGAAAACCAAGUUGAUCCCAGGAAAUCCAUGAAGCAUGAGCGCACUUGUCGGAUGGAAGAGGACAUGGCCUGAGGCUAGGCAUCUAUGUAUCUGGGCAGGGUGGUCCACAACCUUGUGCAAGAUUUCUUCCAUGGAGCUGCAUCUCCUGAGAUCUAAAUGAGCAAUCUGGUGCAUCACCGAAAGCCAAAACUUGAGGGAUCGGUACAUAGGUGCUGGCCUGUUGUUAACACUCCUCAGCGCACGUUCCUGUCAGUUUUCGUCCUUGAUGUACUCUAGUCGUUUUCGAUCCUUUGCUGAGCGAGGCUCCCUGUUUCAUGUCUUUGUGCAGUUUUUCGCGAUUGCAUGUGUGGCUGUUGAUCAUGUACAGUUUUCUGUUGUUGAUGUAUGUUGUAAUCAGAUCAUGCUUACUGGUCAGAGACAACAGUUGUUUGUAUUAAGAGGUACGAAAUCAAUGAUGUGCAUUGUUCAA